AUGACGACAUCGAUAUCUAGAGAUGGAACGUUUAACAAUAAUCUCAUUAGAGAAGUACGUCGGAAUCCAAUCAUCUAUGAUUCACACCAUCCUUUACAUGGUAACGCAGCCAAGAAACACCAGACUUGGCUUGAAAUUGCUGCUAAUCUUAAUGAAAAGGUGGGAGCUGUGAAAACUCGCUGGCGUACACUUCGUGAUCGAUAUACGAAAGAAAGACGACGUGUGCUGAUGUGUGGUGUUGGGUCCUCGUUCUCGUACUAUGCUGAUCUGUGUUUUUUAGACAAUGCUUUCAUGAAUAAUAGGUUAGAGAGGUAACA